CCGAAGUUGAGUCUUCUCAUCAUCUAUCCCCUGAAUUGGUAGGCUGGGGUUGCCUUGUGACAGCUGCAAGAUGAGGACAGAGUUUAAGAACUGCAAGAAGCCAGAGGUGGAUUACAGGAAGGGGCUAUGGUCACCUGAUGAGGACCAAAAGCUCAGAGAUUCAAUCCUUCAGCAUGGAGUCAGCUGUUGGAGUGAAGUUCCUGCCAAAGCUGGCUUGCGGCGAAAUGGAAAGAGUUGCAGAUUGAGAUGGAUCAACUACCUCAGGCCUGGUCUAAAACGUGGAAACUUUUCACCAGAGGAGGAGGAGACCAUCGUGAAGCUUCAGUCCAAGUUGGGGAACAAGUGGUCACAAAUAGCAAUGCAACUACCUGGAAGAACAGACAAUGAAGUUAAGAACCACUGGAACUCCUACAUGAAGAAGAAGAUCACAAAGCCUCAAGAACUACACACCUCUAGCUCAGCAAGCUCAGCUCUUAAUCUGACCAUCCAAAGGCUAACAAUGCACAAAGAAGAGAAUGAUCAUGGUGUUCCAAGUGCUGCAAGAGGAUAUACUGAGGCACUUGAAGCAUGUCUGAAGAACUAUGACCAAUCUGUGAGUCAAAACAUUGGUGGUGUCCAAAACAGGACAGCAGCAGAUCACUUCCCCAAGGUUUUAUUUGCUGAUUUCUUGUCAUUUGAGCAGGCCAACUGGGACAGCUUGUUCAACUUGGAUGAUGCAAUUAACAAUCAGUGGCACUGCAAUAAUUUCUACACAGCUUCACAAGUCGAUGCACAGUAUGGAAAUAAUGUCAUCGUUCCAAAUGGUUUCAGAUUCACCAACACUUGUGGGCAGUUUGAAUGAGAGUUUGAGCUGAUGGUAAACAUUGAUGGUUCUCAUUCCUUCAAAUUCAGUGUUAUUUACUAAAGACAAUGAGAGUAUGACUGAAAUGCAAUAGCUAAAUAAC